CCUGAGGCUGGCGGUGGCAGCCCUGCAGGCUACACAGACCGACAGUCUAUAUGCUGAGGGAGCCAUGUUGAUGCCUGGUUUUGUGUCAAUCGCUUCGUUGUGGAUGGUUACAGGACUGCGUUUUGAGGUCUGGGAGCCUUAGCGGUGAUUCUCGUACCGCGAUGAUAGGAGGAGAGCGGUCUGGGAUGGUACGGUCAGAGGAGAGCUGCUCUUAGGUCACAUCACACAGUGGAUUGAAAGCAAGUUGAUGCUAGUUAGCCUGGUAGCUAGGUAGCAACAGCUGUGCGGACGCUGCGUGGGAUGCGGCGAGUGAACUAAAACAAUCACCCUUGUUGCAUUUUUCUGAGCUAACGUUAGCUACACUGACUGAAGUGACCGCACCUGGAGAAACACCUGAGCUGCUGGGUUCAUGUUAGUCUUACUUGACUUGCCUUUGUGGACCUAGCUAGCUGUUUGCUAACGUUAGCAUGCUGACAAUCAGCUCGGGUCUUCAGUCACGACUAGCUCGCUAAAGAGGAGGCUAACGCAGAGUUACUAUAAGACAAGUGGGGGAGUUCCGUGUUUGUGUGAUAAACAAUCCCCCCCCCACCCCACCCACCCCUCUUCCCCCCCCCCCAAACCUCGAGAGGAGAUAUGGCGGCACAUCCAGUCUGCGCGGAAAGCUAUCAAUUCGCCUUCCCAGCUUGCCAAGAAGCGGCUAACGGGCUAGCAGCAUAACUUUCCUCACACGGUGUCGCUCACAAGCUGCAAAGCCCACUUCCUUGCUUAGCCGAGCCCUCGUACCUGAAGCAAGCUGGCGGCCCUCCGAGUAGAAGCCGAGGACAAGGAGCUGGGGCCGAUGGCCUGGGUGCUGAAGAUGGACGACGCCACUAUAGAGUCGGGGCUGGUGCACGACUUCGAUGCCAGCCUGUCAGGCAUCGGGCAGGAGCUGGGGGCUGGAGCCUACAGCAUGAGUGAUGUUCUGGCUCUGCCCAUCUUCAAGCAGGAGGACCCCAGCCUUCCUCCUGAAAACGAGACCAAAAAUCCCCCAUUCCAGUAUGUGCUGUGCGCCGCCACCUCCCCUGCUGUCAAGCUGCAUGACGAGACGCUCACAUACCUAAACCAAGGCCAGUCUUACGAGGUGCGUAUGUUGGAUAACAGGAAUCCAGGGGAGCUACCAGAGCUCACCAACAAGAUGGUGAAGAGCAUAGUUCGGGUCGUGUUUCAUGAUCGCCGGCUGCAGUACACAGAGCACCAGCAGCUGGAGGGCUGGAAGUGGAAUCGUCCCGGUGACCGUCUCCUUGACAUAGAUAUCCCCAUGUCAGUGGGCAUUGUGGAGCCAAAGACUCACCCCUCCCAGCUGAACGCGGCAGAGUUUCUGUGGGACCUGAACAAAAGAACUUCUGUUUUUGUGCAGGUGCACUGCAUUAGCACAGAGUUCACUCCCAGGAAGCAUGGCGGAGAGAAGGGCGUCCCCUUCAGGAUCCAGUUCGACACAUUCGCCCUGGGAGAGGGAGGAGAGUACACAGAACACCUCCACUCUGCCUCCUGCCAAAUCAAAGUCUUUAAGCCAAAGGGGGCGGACCGUAAGCAAAAGACCGACAGGGAGAAGAUGGAGAAACGCACACCUCAAGAGAAGGAAAAGUACCAACCUUCUUAUGAUACCACUAUCCUGUCAGAGCAGACAAGACUUGAACCCAUCAUAGAGGAUGCCGGCGAUCACGAGCUGAAAAAGUCCAGCAAGCGGACACUUCCCGCUGACUGUGGCGACUCCCUGGCCAAGAGAGGCAGUUGCUCCCCGUGGCCAGAUAAUGCCUACGUCAGCACCAACCAGGCAGCUACUCCCACCUUCAGCUCCGCCCCGCUCUCCACCUACACAACCUCCUCAGUACCUGACAGUGAUUCUUCCUCACCCAAUCACCAGGCAGACCCUGGUAGCCAAGGAAACUCCGAGCAGCUGAGCCCCACUGCCUCCAUACAGGACGCACAGAAGUGGCUGCUGAAAAACCGCUUCAACUCGUACACACGACUCUUCUCUCACUUCUCAGGUUCUGAUUUGUUGAAGCUAACCCGGGAUGACCUGGUCCAGAUUUGUGGACCAGCAGAUGGGAUCAGACUCUUCAAUGCACUCAAAUCCAGGUCAGUACGUCCCAGGUUAACAGUGUACGUCUGUCAGGAGUCCCCUCCAGAGAGCCCCCUGCUGGAGACACAGGGCACCAAUGAAAACGAAGAACCCAGCAUUUCCUCAAAUUUACACGUGUAUCAUGCUCUGUACUUAGAGGAGCUCACAGCUGCAGAACUCAUCCGCAAGAUGGCGUGUGUGUGCUGCCUUCCACUGGGGAAGAUCAACCAGGUGUACAGACAGGGUCCUACUGGUAUACUUAUCCUGCUCAGUGACCAGAUGGUUUACAACUUGGCUGACGAAACCUGUUUUUUGAUCAGCACUGUGAAAGAUGAACUGGGCGAAGGACUCCAUCUAAUCCUGAAAUAGUGUGGAGAACAGAUGGCAUCACUAAUACAUCACCCUCUGUUUUGGAGCAGAAGCCUCCUCUCCGUCCCUCCCUCACCUGCCUCCCACUCUUUCCUCCUACUUCCUCCUGUUCUCUCUGAAUGGCUCAAUAGAUGGAAAGGAGAGAGACUGUGCUAAAAGCCAUGUAAAUGUUAGAAUCUGACAUGGGUGUGUCCACUGUUUCAUAUUGAAAACACUAUUAACUGAGAAGAUUAGGUAAAAGAAGAGAGACCGGAGGGGGAUAUGGAGUCAGAGGAAACUUAAUGACGUUGUAUGUAUUUUGAUUUUAUUAUUUUAUUUUGCCUUUUAAAUGCUUGGGUUGAGGGAGGGGGGAGGCUCCAGCAGAGAGGUUAGAGUUGCAUUCAGGCUUGAAGGAGGAAUAAAAAAGAAAGCAGAGUUUCCUUAUUGCUCGUUGCCCUUCCUACACAAUGCACACAACCACCACUAGGCCAGUAUUUGAUAACCUGUACUGCUGAACAGCAUGCGAUCUCAACACACUAACCUGCUUGAUGGAGAAAUCCAACUUACUCUGCUUAACAUUCUCGACAAGGGUUGUCUAAAUGAACCAUUCUUUUAAUGGCUGAGUUCGAUGACCCCUGAAAUAUUCAGGACAAAUUUAUGGAUGUCACAAACAUUUUAUUUGAUUUUUUUCUUGGGAAUUUGUCAAAUGGACUGACUUCAUUCACUCGUUUAAAGUCCAGCCAUAUCUUUGUCUCUCAACAUGUGUCCUGUUUGGCUUGCGCUUUAACUGUUUUUAGUUGAUGCUUUAUUUAUGGAUCAAAUGUGUUUGAUGCUCUCAUUGAAUUGACUUGUUUCUGGUGCCAUUUUUUUUUUUUUUUUACUCCAAACUUUUGCUCACAUUCACAAACACAGUGGACAUCUUUGACUCCUCUGUGCUGACUCUGCCACAAUGCUAUAUAGGAGUGAGGUUUAUUCCUUCUGGGAUGUUACCCAUAAAUGUCAAAAACAGAGGAACAAAUCUUCUGACAACUAACUCACGGACAAGGAUGCCUUCUCCAAAAAAAACAAAAAAAAAACCUUCUUUAAUGUGGACCAAACAGGUUUCAGGUUGAUAGGCAUUUUCUGAGGGAAAACCCCUCCUUGACUUGGUACACCUUGGUCACUGGAACAUUUAUCAAAUUGAUUAAAUGGCCUUUAAAUGAAACCCUCAACUAGUGGAGUUGCUUGUGUGCUGCAUUUACAUAAACCUCUCUAUUCCAGGAUCUGCUCUGCAAGAAACAAACCCAACACAUAGGAGGCUGGUAGAAAUGUAUCACUGCAGUAGCCUGGUUUUAAUAGUUUUUAGCUGAUGAUUAGAACAUCAUGGCAGCUCCACCUCCAUCUUCAAAAUGUUUUCAAUGUAGCUUAAGUGCAAGGUGUUGGUUUGCAGGGCCUUUACAUUUGAAAAGUUGCAGAAAGUCUCACACAGAUCCUUAGUUUAGUUCACCCUCCUUUUUAGAUUUUUUGUGCAUAAUGUCUGGCAAUUUGCAAACAUUUUGAGCGCCUUCAAGUGUCAGAUGGUGUGUGCGUGCGUGUGAGCAUGUGUUUUUUUUUUUCUUUCAAAGAAAACUUAAUUAUGUCAGUUGUUGUCAUUAACUCUUUCCUGUUGGUAUGAUGUAAGUUUUUAGCUUGCUAUUUAGUAAAGAGCAUGUGGAGGAUGGUAAAAGGAGAGAGGGAGAUAUACUCUGUUUUUGAUGAGUUGACCCCUCUGUUUUUCUCCAUAAGUUAGAGACCAAGUCUGUACUGAAAAAUCACAAAACUCAAGCUUGAUGUUUAGUCAGUAGUCCUACAGCCACAACCUCGUUAUACUCACCUGAAAGAAGGAGAAAAAAUGAUUUGGAGACUAAAAAAAAUUGCUGUUGAUGUCUCACCAUGCGCCAGAGCCAGGACUGUAGCUCUUGUGAUGUUUACAAGGCAAAGUUAACUGUGUUCAUAGACUCAAAGAAUUCGUGAAUAAUAGAAUGGAUGUGACAUCAAGUUUUGGUCCCCCAAAGACCUGACCCAGUCGUUUGUAUGUCUGUGUGAGACAGUGUAAGCAGGAGAGGUGACCACAGUUCAUGUACAGCCUAAUGUCAAUGAUGAUGCUUCUCAUGUGAACAGUAUCGUAUGCUGGAGAUGUACACAACCACAUGUGCUGGGAAUAAAUGAUUUCAUAACUUUU